AUGAUGGAUCCCCCACCCACUGCACCACCCACGGCUCAACCGUAUUCCCCAGAGCAAGCGAUGUAUCCACCGGCGUACUCCCCGGGUCAAUAUCCAGCGGUAACUCAACAACCGGCACCGUACGUACAACAGACUAGCAAUACCACUGUAGUGUUGAAUCAGCAACCAGUAGUGGUUCAAAAGGCACCACGGAAUUGGAGCACUGGACUGUGUGGUUGCUUUGAGGACUGUGGCUCUCGUAAGUAUUCUUUAAGCGGCACUCAAAUGAGUUAAUGUGGUGUUGAUAAUAGUUAUAACAACUUUAUUUAUUAAGCGUCAGUAUUUCUUGCUCGAAUGUAUUCAUUGAGGACAGUAUUUUCACGUCUCCUAAUAGAUACGGCUCUGCCAUUUUUACGUGGUGAUCCUAGUCACGUGAAGCGGUUUAUCUAUUUCCAAACCAUAGGCAAUACCUUCUUACUCAGUUUUCUUAAGACCCUCAGUAUUGGUCCGGAUCCGGAAAUCGAAUCCGCGACUUCCCGCUCUGCAGACAAGCGCUUUUACCUGAGCCAACCCAGCCACGUUUAUUUUAUUUUGUUUGUGUUUAAAGUGAUUACGGGCCUUUGCUGUCCUUUCUUCCUGCUGACUGAUGUUUCGUCCAGGAUGGGCGAAGGAUGUUGCUUUCCUUGCUGUUGCCCAGGUGCACUGUUGGGACUAAGGAUCAAGCUGAGGGUGCAGGAGAAUAUUCAGGUAUUUGACAGGCAUCAAGAGCUUAAAGAACAACCUCGUUCUAGGGGACGAGUUUGCUUUAAGGAGCUUUGUCCCACAUCUAUGAGAAUUAAAUAAAGCCAUUUAAUGAAAAGAUGCCACCAAAAUGAAUUGAAUGAAGUAUGAAAAUAACCAAUCCAUCAAAACAGUAAAAGAACAUUUAAAUAACACUGAAGAAAACCUUUUUUACGGCACCCACUUGUUGAGCACAGUGCAAACCUGAGAAACCAACUUAUUAAGCCCUAAAUUUUAUGUUUGAGGCUUCAAGGCGCUCUAGUGAAGUGUGUUCUCGAAGCUUAUGUGAUUAUUACAUUACGGGAGCAGUCUGAUUUAGCCACUACUGCAAAAUUGUGGCAGUAUAACUUUUCUUUAAUAUGUUUGUUAAUUAUCGCCUCGGCCACACCUUUAUUCUUAAAAAGAACCUUUCACUUUGAAAGGAGGUAAUGAGGGCCAAUUUUCGUGAAGAGUUCUCUAUAAGAGAAUAAAGAAACAAUACCAAAAAGUUGCGUCUACAACUGCGAUGAUGGUCUUUCAUUUAAUUCUUCACCCCACAUUUCUUGUAUGUGAUUUUCAUAUAAUCAUUAUUUUAAUACCAAAAACAGGAUAAUUCAUCCAUGACUGACUUCAUUUCAUCCAAUUGCAGGGCUCCCUUUUUGACGAUUAUUGUNACGAGUUUGCUUUAAGGAGCUUUGUCCCACAUCUAUGAGAAUUAAAUAAAGCCAUUUAAUGAAAAGAUGCCACCAAAAUGAAUUGAAUGAAGUAUGAAAAUAACCAAUCCAUCAAAACAGUAAAAGAACAUUUAAAUAACACUGAAGAAAACCUUUUUUACGGCACCCACUUGUUGAGCACAGUGCAAACCUGAGAAACCAACUUAUUAAGCCCUAAAUUUUAUGUUUGAGGCUUCAAGGCGCUCUAGUGAAGUGUGUUCUCGAAGCUUAUGUGAUUAUUACAUUACGGGAGCAGUCUGAUUUAGCCACUACUGCAAAAUUGUGGCAGUAUAACUUUUCUUUAAUAUGUUUGUUAAUUAUCGCCUCGGCCACACCUUUAUUCUUAAAAAGAACCUUUCACUUUGAAAGGAGGUAAUGAGGGCCAAUUUUCGUGAAGAGUUCUCUAUAAGAGAAUAAAGAAACAAUACCAAAAAGUUGCGUCUACAACUGCGAUGAUGGUCUUUCAUUUAAUUCUUCACCCCACAUUUCUUGUAUGUGAUUUUCAUAUAAUCAUUAUUUUAAUACCAAAAACAGGAUAAUUCAUCCAUGACUGACUUCAUUUCAUCCAAUUGCAGGGCUCCCUUUUUGACGAUUAUUGUAAGGUCGAAUGUUGUCCACUUUGUGUUCUCUGUCAGCUGGCCCGUGAACUUAAUCAUGUGCAACGCCGCGGUUAA